AGGGGUGGUGGUGUUGGAGGGGAAGAGAAAAUUGGGUGUACGCGCGAGUUACGCCGUGUAGAUUUUGUUCAGAUGAGCUCACCCUCCUGACGCGCACUGAAGAACCCGUCAGUCUGGGAAAAAAGAAAAAAAGAGAAAAGGCGCAAAGACUGUCGCCAGGAGCCAACGGAGAGAGCGCAGAUGCGCAAAAGUACAUACGCGUAACGGAUCGCGCGUCUUUCGCCUCUUGUUGGAUUGAUCAAGUGGAUAAUGUUUAUGGAUCGAUGGGAAUCUGAUGUUUGCCAGUGUGUGGAAGACUGGAUUAGACUCGAAGCUCAGAAGAACAAGUUGGACACUCUGCUGGUCCUUUCUCAUCCUCCUGCCACCCUCUUCGUAAAAUGCCGGCUUUUGUGCCUCGCGCUCUGUCCACUUCCAGCCUUGGCGGCUCGUCUGGAAGGACGCCAGACCUCCAUUCUCUCAAAUCUGCAAGUUCAGUAUAAUAAAUUGUGACAUUGUCUGUCAGCCCUGGAAUAAGAAAUCAAUAAAGGGACGCGGUAUUCUUACGGAUUUUUUUUUUUUUUUUAACGAUCCGUUCCCCCGCUCUCCUUACAAAGAUGCGAUUUGGUUGGAUUGGGUUGGUUUGGUCCAGCUGGACGCUUUUUUAGCUGGAGCAGCGCUUGAUAGUGACUGAUUAUUGCUGUUGAUUUUGUCCAUGCGAGACUCUGGGUGGAAACAUGUCUGGCCACUUCUUUGAGAGGAUCACUGCUAUCAGAGAUGGCAUUUUGGUCCAGUACUUCGGUUUUCACCUCUAAAGUGCCCCGGAAAAUCUUAUUCAUGUUCAUCCUCUCCCUCUCUGUCACCUACUUGUUCUAUAGCUUGAUGAGCUGCUACAACUCGCUGCAGUUUCCUCUGCAAGAAAACUACGUGUACCAGGGGAGGCUGCUGACCGAGGAGGCAACUUUUGUGACAUUACGGGAGAAAGUUUACUCCGCUUCUCCGCAGGGCUUUACCGGGAUCACCGAGAGAACCACCGGCUUCUCCACCCUGAGAGAUCAUGCGGAGGAGAAGACGACGGUGGGGUGGAUUAGGGCACAGGUGGCUCCAACCAGAUCGGCGGCGACGCUGGAGAAGGAGCGGCAGGAAUUCAGCACCACGGACAGCGACCUCAGGCCGAACUGCACCUCGGAUUACGGAGAGAAGAAACUUCCCCAAGCAAUCAUCAUCGGGGUGAAGAAAGGGGGGACCAGAGCCCUGCUGGAGGCUCUCAGAGUGCACCCUGACGUCAGAGCCGUGGGCAACGAGCCACACUUUUUUGACAGAAACUAUGACAAGGGGCUGGACUGGUACAGAGACCUGAUGCCUUCCACACUGGAGGGGCAGAUCACCAUGGAAAAGACACCAAGCUACUUUGUGACUAACCAUGCCCCAAAGCGCAUCCACUCCAUGGCUAGGGACAUCAAGCUUAUUAUUGUGGUGCGUAAUCCUGUCACCAGAGCCAUUUCAGAUUACACGCAGACCUUGUCCAAGAGACCUGAGAUCCCAACCUUUGAAAUUCUUGCUUUUAAGAACCGGACGCUGGGUUUGAUAGAUGCUUCCUGGAGCGCGUUGCGCAUAGGGAUAUAUGCGCUCCAUCUGGAGAGCUGGAUGCAAUAUUUCCCUCUCUCCCAAAUGCACUUUGUCAGCGGGGAGAGGCUUAUUGUGGACCCUGCGGGUGAGAUGGCCAAGGUGCAAGACUUUCUGGGACUCAAGCGCAUCGUCACAGACAAACACUUUUAUUUCAAUAAAACAAAAGGAUUCCCGUGUCUGAAGAAGCCAGAGGACAGCAGCACUCCCAGAUGUCUUGGCAAGUCCAAAGGGAGAACUCAUCCCAAAAUUGACCCUGACGUGAUUCGGCGGCUGCACAAGUUUUACAAACCCUUUAACAUGAUGUUCUACCAAAUGACCGGCCAGAACUUUGAAUGGGAGCUAGAGGGGGGAAUCGAACCCCGGAGCUCUCAGGACUAGGAGACUGCGACGUGGCACAGUGCAGCCACAGCACCAGCCUCCUCAAUAAAAGUGACCUGCUUCAUUUUCAAAGCAAGUGCUCGAGCGCACCAAUCAAUCCUGGCUGUCUUUGCAGUGUCUGUUUCCAUUAAAAUGGUUUUAUUCUCUCUCUUCAAUACUAAUGCUGUUGACGAUGGCAAAGUAUAAUUGUACAUAUAUAUUAAACAUAAAAUAUAUUUAUAUUUGUGAAAAGGAGAUGAUUUAUUCCUUUUAGUUCUUGAAGCAUAGAGCUGUUCUAAAA